GAUGUGAACGAAGUCUUUCGGUGAAUUCGUACCGCGUGGUUCACACGCUUUAAUUGCGUGUAAGAAUUAUAACUUAGGUUAAAAUAAUUAAACUUCCAAAAUGACUCAUUAUAAUUUUAAAAAUAUUGUUGUCGUUCCUACUGCAAAGGAAUUCACAGAUAUCGUCCUUUCGAAAACACAGAGAAAAACUCCUACAGUUGUUCAUAAACAGUAUAAGAUCACUAGAAUUCGUCAAUUUUAUAUGCGUAAAGUGAAGUACACGCAACAAAAUUUUCACGAUAAACUAACACAAAUUUUAACAGAUUUUCCCAAACUAGAGGACAUUCAUCCUUUUUUUGCUGAUAUAUCAAAUGUAUUAUAUGAUAGGGACCAUUAUAAAAUAGCUUUAGGUCAAUUGAAUACUGCACGCCAUUUAAUUGAUAACGUAGCAAAAGAAUAUUGCCGCCUUCUAAAAUAUGGAGAUUCUUUAUACAGAUGUAAGUUACUGAAGAAAGCUGCUUUAGGAAGGAUGGCUACGAUAAUGAAACGUCAAAAUGAAAGCUUAAAAUAUCUUGAAGAGGUAAGGCAGCACAUGUCUCGUCUGCCUUCUAUUGAUCCAAACACAAGGACUCUCCUGAUCUGUGGCUUUCCAAAUGUUGGAAAAUCAAGCUUUAUAAAUAAGAUAACAAGAGCAGAGGUAGAGGUUCAGUCAUGGGCAUUUACCACCAAAUCUCUCUAUGUUGGUCACACCGAUUAUAAAUAUCUUAAAUGGCAGGUAAUAGAUACUCCUGGAAUUCUAGAUCAUCCAAUUGAAGAUAGAAACACAAUAGAAAUGCUUGCUAUCACAGCACUGGCACAUUUGCGAGCUUGCGUGAUUUUUGUUAUAGAUCCUUCUGAACAAUGCAAUUAUUCGGUGGAGGAACAGAUUGGUCUGUUUAAUAGUAUCAAGCCCUUGUUUUUAAAUAAGCCAACUGUCAUUGCUGCUAAUAAAAUUGAUGUAUUAAAACUUGAUGAACUUCCUGAAGAAAAAAGACAAAAAAUCAAUAGUCUUGUUGAAGAAGGCUACCCUAUAUUUGAGAUGAGUACUCUAACCGGUGAAGGUGUAAUUGAGCUUAGAAAUGAAGCCUGUGAUCGUCUUCUAGCACAUCGUGUAGAAAGUAAAUUAAAAGGUAAAAAGGCUGGUGAAGUCAUGAAUAGAUUAGAAGUAACUCAACCUACACCUAGAGAUAACAAGGCAAGACCUCCAUUUAUUCCAGAAAAAGUGCUGGAGAAAAAGAGCAAAAUGGAAACUGAUAACAAAGAACGGAAAUUGGAAAGAGAACUUGAAUUAGAGCUUGGUGAUGAUUAUAUCCUAGAUUUAAAGAAAAAUUAUGUAAUUGCUGAAGAUGAAAAAUAUGACAUUAUUCCUGAAUUAUGGGAAGGACAUAAUAUAGCAGACUUCAUUGAUCCUGAUAUAAAAGAAAAAUUGGAUAAAUUAGAAAAGGAAGAAGAAUUACGAGAGAGUGCUGGAUUUUAUGAUGAAAGUGAAAGCGAAGAUGAUGAUGAAAAAAGGAACAUUCGUAUGUUAGCAAGAAAGAUCAGAGAGAAAAAAGGUGUAAUGAAAAUUGAAUCUCAGAUAAAGAAAGCUUCAACCAAACCCAAGCUUCCACGUACAGUUAAGAAGAGAACCCGAAGUGUUAGUAGAUUAAGAAAUGAAUUUAGAGAAUUGGGUGUUGAUUUGGAUGAAGAUGGGGGUCAUUACAAUGAGGCUGCUGUUGGUAGAUCAGUUAGACCUGUUAAACGAAGAAGAAUGGAUAGUGAAGGUCGUGUCCGAAGUAGUUCCAGAACUCCCAGAGAUGAAUCUGGUGUUCGAGACAAAAAGAUGAAGCAGAAAGCAAAGAAACUUGCAAAACUGGCGCAGCGUGCUGGAAACCGAAAUGCAAGGAAAGGUGAAGCAGAUAGAAAAAUUCUGAAUAUGAAGCCUAAACAUUUGUAUGCAGGCAAACGUACUCUUGGAAAGACAUCUAGACGAUAAAAAAAAAACUCCUUUUUUUUUCCUGUUGGACUUUUCAAAAUUAUAAAUCAUAUGUACAUAUUUUUAAAUAUAAAUUAUUUUUUUGUUGAAUAAAAUAUGUAAAAAAAUAAAGUAUUGAAUUUAUA